GUGUACGUGAAUGCAACUGGUAUAAAGUAAUGGCGGAAGGAGUUCGGAGGCUUACAGGAAGAAGGUGCUUUCGAAAGUUGUUAUUGUUCUAUCAUCUAAUGCGCCGUGCCGCCACAUCGUCCAGGCCUGGAAAACAAAUAAAUGUUAUUUUCUGAAGCGACAGACUUCUGUAUACCACAGCAAUGACACUAUAGUUAUUAAACAACAAACUCGGUGUGGAUAAGUGCAGAGAGGAGAGAUGGCCAUCGCCCAUGUUGCUACAGAGUAUGUGUUCAGCGACUUUCUGCUGAAGGAGCCAAACAAGGCUCGUUACCACAGCAUCCGCACAGAGCUGGCUGUGGACAAGAUGGUGACCUGCGUGGCCGUGGGGUUGCCCCUCCUCUUUAUCUCGCUGGCCUUCGCUCAGGAGGUCUCAGUAGGCACUCAGAUCAGUUGUUUUUCUCCCACCAACUUCUCCUGGAAACAGGCUGGCUAUGUGGAUUCAUACUGCUGGGCGUCCGUUCACACACACACUCUACCUCUGUGGCUUCACAAGUUCUUCCCCUACAUCCUGCUGCUGGUGGCGGUGCUGAUGUACUCUCCCGCCUUGUUUUGGAGAUUUUCAGCAGCGCCCCUCCUGCAGUCGGACCUCGGUUUCAUCAUGGAGGAGUUGGAUCGGUGCUACAACCGCGCUGUCACUCUGGCCAAGCGCUUGGCUACCGCUGGGCUUCUCACCUCUGACAGUGACCCCACCGAGGGCUGUUUCAACUACCCUCUGGUGGAGAAGUUCCUGAUGACCAAGCGCUGCUCUCGGGUGCUGCUGUCCUACUACAUGCUUUGCCGCGGCCUGACUCUGGUCACCCUGCUGUGCGCCUGCCUCUACCUGGGUUACUACCUCCGCCUGGCCUCCGUCACCGACGAGUUCGGCUGCCCGCUGCGCGUCGGCCUGCUCGUCAACGACACCAGCAUCCCAGAGAGGGUUCAGUGUAAGCUCAUCGCCGUGGGAGUCUUCUCUCUGCUCAGUGCUGUCAACUUGGCCGUGUUCGUCGCCCUGAUGCCAGUGGUGAUCUACGCCAGUCUCCGCCCCCUCAUCUGCCAGGGCUACGCCCGCUUCCUGGAAACCUACCAGUCACUUCCCACAUUAAGCAUCCUGCCCUCCCCUGACGGCCAAUGGGACGACCUCUCUCUGUACCUGCUCUACCUGGAGGAGAACAUCAGCGAGCUCAAGUCGUACAAGUACAUGAAGGUUUUGGAAAUGUUGAGGAAGCGUGGCGAAUGCUCAGGAGAAAACUUUGACACCGUGGGGUUGCUGCAGACCCUCUGCUUGGUGAAGAUGGAUACGGUGGAUGGGAACAAAACCGUGAGUGUCGCAAACAAACCGGCUGGAGUUAAGAUGGAGGCUGCUGAUGCAGCAGCCGGCCAUGGAGAAGCUGGGAACAACCUCAGACGUCUAAACUCUGCAUCUGGAAACGAGACCAAGAUAGAAACAGAGAUGCAAGAGCUCAGUCCAUUGCUGUCUGGAAACGAUGAGACGGGCAGUAAAGCUGGAGAAGGUGGGAGUCUUCGUCAGCGAGUGAUGUGAUUGGCUGGAUUGAGCUCCUCUUAAUGGAGCCAUAAAGAUGCUCUGAGGCUUUGGGCUCGUCGACACAGAACUGAGCCGUUUCCUGUUUUUUUGUGCAACAAAAAAACUUGAUACUGAUGUCAAAAGACUAAAUCUGUGGUUGUUUUUAGAUUUCACCGAAUUUAUUUUCUUCAGAUGUUGAUUGUUUUUCCAGAUGUGAUGGUUAAAAACGUUAGAAAAAAACUAUUUUUGCUCUUCAAUCAAGCUGUCACCAGAGGAGCUGUACUGACAGAAGGGCUGAAGAUCUCUGCUUGAAAUCAAAUCAUCUCAGUCUGAGUUUACAUGUCCACCUCUGACAGUUUACAGAGACUUUUUGUGAGAAAAGCUGCUGUGCCUGAAUAAGGCUGUUUUUCAGACUUUAGCUGAGUUAUUGAUUGAAUCUGUGCUGCAGAUUUUAUCUUUUAUUUUUAACCUUA